GGAGGGGGAGGGGGAUCCCCCUCGCUCCCACGUGGUCCGGGCGCCUGUGAAUCGCGCCCGCCGGAGGGUCUCACAGCGAAAUACAAAAGCAGCUGGGAAGCGGCGGCGAGGCGAGUUCCCAGCGCUGGGCAGAGCGCCGGACAGAGCCCCGCAGCGCCCCGCGGCCGCGAUGAGGCUCAGGCGCCCGAAGCCCCGGAGCCAACAAGCUGCCGGGCCCGCCUCGCCGCCCCGACCCGGGCGCCGGGGCUCGGCUUGAAGCGGCGGCGGCGGCGGCACCGGCGCGGCCGCGGGAGCAUGGGGAGGAGGAUGCGGAGCGCCGCCGCCACCGCGGGGCUCUGGCUGCUGGCGCUGGGCUCGUUGCUAACGCUGUGGGGCGGGCUCCUGCCGCCGCGGACUGAGCUGCCAGACUCCCGGCCGCCCGAAGACAGACUCCCCCAGCGUCCGGCCCGGAGAGGCGGCCCCGCGCCCGCGCCCCGCUUCCCUCUGCCCCCGCCCCUGGCGUGGGACGCCCGCGGCGGCUCCCUGAAAACUUUCAGGACGCUGCUCACCCUGGCGGCCGGCGCGGACGGCCCGCCCGGGAGGCACCCAGGCGAGCGCAGGCGGCACGUGCCCGCUGGGCGGCCCGGGCCGGCGGAGCGCCGGGCGGUGCACGGGGGUGUCUUCUGGAGCCGCGGCCUGGAGGAGCAGGUGCCCCGGGGCUUUUCCGAGGCCCAGGCGGCGGCGUGGCUGGAGGCGGCGCGCGGAGCCCGGGUAGUGGCCCUGGAGCGCGGGGGCUGCGGACGCAGUUCCAACCGACUGGCCCGUUUUGCCGACGGCACCCGCGCCUGCGUGCGCUACGGCAUCAACCCGGAGCAGAUCCAGGGUGAGGCCCUGUCUUACUACCUGGCGCGCCUUUUGGGCCUCCAGAGCCACGUGCCACCGCUGGCACUAGCCCGGGUGGAGGCUCGGGGCGCGCAGUGGGCGCAGGUGCAGGAGGAACUGCGCGCCGCGCACUGGACCGAGGGCAGCGUUGUGAGCCUGACGCGCUGGCUGCCCAACCUCACAGACGUGGUGGUGCCAGCGCCCUGGCGCUCAGAGGAUGGCCGUCUCCGGCCCCUGCGCGACGUCGGGGGCGAGCUGGCCAACCUCAGCCAGGCGGAGCUGGUGGACCUGGUGCAAUGGACCGACCUGAUCCUCUUCGACUACCUGACGGCCAACUUCGACAGGCUUGUAAGCAACCUCUUCAGCCUGCAAUGGGACCCACGCGUUAUGCAGCGCGCCACCAGCAACCUGCACCGCGGUCCCGGCGGGGCGCUGGUCUUUCUGGACAAUGAGGCGGGCUUGGUACAUGGCUACCGGGUGGCAGGCAUGUGGGACAAGUAUAACGAGCCGCUGUUGCAGUCCGUGUGUGUGUUCCGGGAGCGGACCGCGAGGCGCGUCCUGGAGCUGCACCGCGGUCAGGACACGGCGGCCCGGCUACUGCGCCUCUACCGGCGCCACGAGCCUCGCUUCCCGGAGCUGGCCGCGCUCGCCGACCCCCACGCUCAGCUACUGCAGCGCCGCCUCGACUUCCUCGCCAAGCACAUUUUGCACUGCAAGGCCAAGUACGGCCGCCGGCCGGGAACUUAGCAUCACCCUGAGGAAGAGCAGAAGAACCGGGACGGGGUGUGGAUAAUGGGGGAAGGGUUGUCGCUCCCUGCCACUUCCUGGAACCAGCGAGCCAACGCCCAGCCAGUGACCUGAGCGCGAAGGUGUCCAAAAACUUGUACUUCACCCACCUGCCCUCUUUUUUUUUUUUUUUUUUUUUUUUUU